GCCAGGAGGAGUACUCGGCCAUGCGUGCGAGGGGAGGACACGCGGACCGGCAAGGGCUUCCUGCUCUUCCACUCGAUAACAGAUCCACAGUCAUUCGAGGAGAUCAUGACCUUGCCGCAGCAGGUUCUACACGUCGAGGACAAGAGACAAGGGCUACUUUCAGAUGAUUGCACCGGAGGACGAGACAAUGACCGCAGAAGAGCCGGUGGAGCUAGUGCCCUUGACGACACCGAUGUUGCGGGUGUCAACUUCAACAACUACUCCCGAGACUCCCUCAUGCGCAAGUUCGCCCGGAUGCAGAACCCACAGACCGCUGGCGCCAACUGA